AUGAAUUCUUCUCAUGCUGCUNAUUUAUUUUAUAUGCUGAAAUAUAAUAACGCAGAAGCAAAAGCAAAAGCAGAAACAGAAACAGAAGAAGAAGCAGAAGCAGCAGAAACAAACGCAGAAAAAGAAGCAACAGAAGCAGAAGAAGCAGAAGCAGAAGAAGAAGCAGCAGAAGAAGCAGAACUAGUGAAGCGCGCGCUUUUCAAGAUCGCAUCGCUUCGAGCAGCCAGAAGCGAUACACUGUCGCUUCGCGUCGCUUCGCGCUUUAAGCGACGAAGCGAUCGCUUUUCUAAACACUGCUCCUUGGCCUUCUUCCAGCUCUGUUGGGACACCAUUAAGGGAGAGUUAAUGGAAACCAUUGAAUACUUCCAUGUGAAUUGUGUUUUCGAGAGAAGUAUCAAUGCUACUUUUAUUACUAUUGUGCCUAAGAAAGAAGGUGCAUCUUGUAUCAGAGACUACAAGCUUAUUAGUCUCGUGGGGAGCAUUUACAUGAUUAUUUCUAAAGUGCUUUCCAACAGACUCAAGAAGCUUGACGUGUCUGUUUCGUCGUCCCAGAAUGCGUUUGUGGAAGGUAAGCAGAUCCUGGAUGCCGCUUUGGUGGCAAAUGAGCUUGUAAACUCCAGAAGGAAAAAUAGAGAUCCCGGCUUACUAUGCAAGUUGGACCUUCAGAAGGCUUUUGACCAUGUCAAUUGGGAGUUCAUGGAUUUCAUUAUGACGCAGAUGGGGUUUGGGGCAAAAUGGAGGGGAUGGAUCAAGUUCUGCAUUUCCUCAGUCAGAUUCUCUGUCCUGGUUAAUGGUAGCCUGUGUGGUUUCUUUGGCAGCUCCAGGGGUCUCAAGCAAGGAGACCCUCUAUCCCCAUGCUAUUCAUUCUAG